AUGUAUUACUCCAACGUGGUGAACCCACAAACUUACCAACCACCUGUAUCACCCUACUCGAGCAACACAACCAUUUUCGAGGCAAUUUCCUCAUCCAACUUGAGGUUUGGAUCAGAGUCCGCCUCUGAGCUGGUUCUUUCUCAAUAUUCACUCUCAAAAGCCGACAUUGAUGGAACACUUUCUCAGCUGAACUCGGUGUUGGCUCCACACUAUGAAAUCAGCAAAUCAUACACCCUUGCAUAUCUGAUCAUCCUUGGUUUAUCCAUUGCAUUAGCUAUUCCAACUAUGGGUCUGUCCAUGUUUCCCAUGAUCAUCAUUAUUUUGAUGAUGCAACCUCUUCAACAGAGUCGAAUCACAAAUUCUUUGGAGCAAAGGGUAAAGCCAUCUUUGAGAGAAAUCAUCAAAAGGGAGAAUGAAACCAAAUAUUUGAGAAGAAACGUCGAAUUGUUUGUCGAACACAAAGGUUUCAUGGAUAUUGUUUCGAAUGGCCGAUAUGUUGUACCAAGAAUGGUUCCAACGAUCGAGAUUUACUUGAAACCACUCCAAACCAUUGCUGUUGUUCAGCUUCCACAACAAAAUUUAGCUCAAAUCUCACCAACAGUGCACCAACAACAAUUCAUGCAACCAUCGGACCAUAACUAUCCCGUUCAACAAGCGUUGUCAGACGAUCAUAAAUAA